CACGCCGUUUCCGGGUCUGUGGAUGACGUUGCAUCCGGACAAUAGAAGCUAAUGUUGCGCAGAAAACAAAAUUAUAACUUAAUUGAAACUGCAGUUUUAAAAUGAUUUGACACGUUCGAUUUCUUCGACCAAUGCAGCGAAGUGUAAACCGGAUGGGUUGUGGCGCCUGUAUUCUCCCGGACGUCUCUGCCCAGCUAACUAUUUAGCUAUGAACUGCGGGGGAAGUUCAUUGUUAGCCUAGCAUUAGCCAUGCUCCCGGACUCCGCUUUCACUUUACUACGGGAUUGCGGCUUGCCUGCAAGAUGUACCAUAGCUACUAGCUAGCUAAACAGUGUCUCUAGUAUUACUGUGCUUGUGUUGUCUCAUCUUGGCUCCAGUGUCACUUAGGCGUUUAAUUAUCCGUCACAUUCUGUGGAACUGCGGCCGUCUGUAGGAACAACACCUCGAACUUAGCCUAGUUAGCAAGUUACCAGCUAAAUCGGAGGAAACUGCUUUUGCGUGGUAGCUUCUAAGCAGGUUGACGUUGUUUAGAAGCGGACAGUAACUUUAUGAACUCAGGAAGACCUAUCUGCUGCUAAGGUUUUUCAACUCUCGGCUAACACUCGCCAGUCCAUUCGCUUUGGUUUCUGGCAUUCUGCCACGAUGGCUUCUUCAUCUGGAAAUGACGACGACCUCACCAUCCCCAGGGCAGCUAUCAACAAGAUGAUUAAAGAAACGCUCCCAAACGUACGAGUGGCAAACGAUGCCAGGGAACUUGUGGUUAACUGUUGUACGGAGUUCAUACACCUCAUAUCUUCAGAAGCCAACGAAAUAUGCAACAAGUCUGAAAAGAAGACAAUUUCCCCGGAGCACGUUAUCAACGCUCUGGAGAGUCUCGGUUUCGCGUCGUACAUCACGGAGGUGAAAGACGUCCUGCAGGAGUGUAAAACCGUCGCUCUCAAGCGGAGGAAGGCCAGCUCUCGACUGGAGAACCUGGGCAUCCCAGAGGAAGAGCUCCUCAGACAACAGCAGGAAUUGUUUGCAAAGGCACGGCAGCAGCAGGCAGAGAUCGCACAGCAGGAGUGGUUGCAGAUGCAGCAGGCCGCUCAGCAGGCGCAGAUGGCCGCAGCAUCCGCCAGCACUGCCCAGCAGGUCGGCUCCUCUCAGGACGAAGACGAAGAGGAUGAUAUGUGAUCCUGGGACUCGGUUGUACCUUGUUUGAAUCUUUCCCUGCGACAGUGUUGGGACACUAAUCCCCCAGUAGUGUCAUCAAGUGGGACACAAGGCAGGUUUGGUUGCUGAUACACCUCAGUGAAACCCAGGAAUUGCACAAUUGGAAUGGACAGUGGAGUGGUAAUGAAAGGGGAUUUCAAGAUAGCCACACACAGAAAAUAAUUAGGACUGAGAGGCAGAGACAUGACAGUUGGUGACAUUUUUGAUUACUCAUUUCCCCCUUUUUCCAGUUGCUUCUGUUUUUUGUGUUAAUGUUAUGUUGGGAGUAACUUGUAGAUUUCUGGACGUGUUGACACUGAUGGCAGAUGUUUACUGGCAUGUCACUGAAUUCUGAUAAUACGGCGAGGGUUUACUUCUAGUGAUGCUGUGCCAGUUAGCUUACUUAUGUCAUCCGUUAGGCUAGCUCAGAAUGGUUUAAGGGAACUGCCACUGAGCACCUGAUUCCUCGUUUCGUGUGUUUUGAUGGUCGUUUUUACAUUAAAGGAUUUUUCUUUAAUUUCCUUUAGGUCUAAUUGUUCAACAGUGGAUAAUUUGAGGACCUGUGGAUAUAGGAUUUAUUUUGUUAAGUAGAGAAAUAAAUGGUCAUUUUGUUUCAUUUUAGCUCAUUUAAAACUUUUUUUUUUCUUCUUCUACCUUGACACAGCCACAGUAUUUGUAAUUCGCUACACCUAUGAGAUAGCGAGAGAGAGAGAGAAUUUCUCAUAGAACCAAAGAUAGAGGAGACCAUUGACGGCAUAGGUGCUACCGUGAUCCUCAUCGCUGUCUCCAGGUCGGUGUUAAAAUGUUGAGGAUUAUUGUUAAUCGAUAACUUUGUAAGAGUCUUUGAUACAUAGGUUAAUCUAACUUCCCAUCAGCCCAGGUGCAGUAUCAAACAUUUGCAUUGUGACUGUGGUCAAUCCUCAGUGUAAAGACUAGUCAUUUAGUUGUAAUACACCUCCACUCACCUAGCUGUAUUCUGUAAGCAAUAAAGGAAUCAUGUUUUAUAGACAA